GCCCGCCCCCUCAGCUCGCCCAGCGCGCCUCCCCGCCUCGCUCUGCGGUCCUGCUCCGGAGACACUUUGCCCUCGGACUCCUACCCUUCUCUUCUCCCGAACCCCGCACUCCCCAAAAUCCCGCUCCAAGAACUCUGCCUCCCCAGCUCCCUCCGAGGCCGUCCGAGCGCCUCGCAUCCCCGCCCCUCUCAGACCUCCGAUCCGGCCCCGCAGGUCCCCCGGUCCCGAGGGGAUCCCCAGAGCCAGCGGCCUGGGGGAGGGAGAAAGUGAAGCGGCGGCUCGCGCACACUCGCGCGCUCACCCCCGGCCCGGCCGCCGCCACCGGGGUGGAGGAGGAGGAGGAGCCGCGGGAGCAGGGCGAGCGCGGAAGUAGCUGUUGCUGGUGGUGACAAUGUCAAAUAACGGCCUAGACAUUCAAGACAAACCCCCAGCCCCUCCGAUGAGAAACACCAGCACUAUGAUUGGAGCAGGCAGCAAAGAUGCUGGAACCCUAAACCAUGGUUCCAAACCUCUACCCCCAAACCCAGAGGAGAAGAAAAAGAAGGACCGAUUUUACCGAUCCAUCUUACCUGGAGAUAAAACAAAUAAAAAGAAGGAAAAGGAGCGGCCAGAAAUUUCUCUUCCUUCAGAUUUUGAGCACACAAUUCACGUUGGUUUUGAUGCUGUCACAGGGGAGUUUACGGGAAUGCCAGAGCAGUGGGCCCGCUUGCUUCAGACAUCAAAUAUUACUAAGUCGGAACAGAAGAAAAACCCGCAGGCUGUUCUGGAUGUGUUGGAAUUUUACAACUCGAAGAAGACCUCCAACAGCCAGAAGUACAUGAGCUUUACAGAUAAAUCUACUGAAGAUUACAAUUCUUCUAACACUUUGAAUGUGAAGACUGUGUCUGAGACUCCUGCAGUGCCACCAGUUUCAGAAGAUGAAGAUGACGAAGAUGAUGCUACUCCACCUCCAGUGAUUGCUCCACGUCCAGAGCACACAAAAUCUGUAUACACACGUUCUGUGAUUGAACCACUGCCUGUUACCCCCACUCGGGAUGCGGCUACAUCUCCCAUUUCACCUACUGAGAACAAUACCACUCCACCGGAUGCUUUGACCCGGAAUACUGAAAAGCAGAAGAAGAAGCCUAAAAUGUCUGAUGAGGAGAUCUUGGAGAAAUUACGAAGCAUAGUGAGUGUGGGCGAUCCUAAGAAGAAAUAUACUCGGUUUGAGAAGAUUGGACAAGGUGCUUCAGGCACCGUAUACACUGCAAUGGAUGUAGCCACAGGACAGGAGGUGGCCAUUAAGCAGAUGAACCUGCAGCAGCAGCCAAAGAAAGAGCUGAUUAUUAAUGAGAUCCUGGUCAUGAGGGAAAACAAGAACCCAAAUAUUGUGAACUACUUGGACAGUUAUCUUGUGGGGGAUGAGCUGUGGGUCGUCAUGGAAUACUUGGCUGGAGGCUCCUUGACAGAUGUGGUGACAGAAACCUGUAUGGAUGAAGGCCAGAUUGCAGCUGUGUGCCGUGAGUGUUUGCAGGCUCUGGAGUUUCUGCAUUCAAACCAGGUCAUACACAGAGACAUCAAGAGUGACAAUAUUCUACUGGGAAUGGAUGGCUCUGUCAAGCUAACUGACUUUGGAUUCUGUGCACAAAUAACUCCAGAGCAGAGCAAACGGAGCACCAUGGUGGGAACUCCAUACUGGAUGGCACCGGAGGUUGUGACACGGAAGGCCUAUGGGCCCAAGGUUGACAUCUGGUCCCUGGGCAUCAUGGCGAUUGAAAUGAUUGAAGGGGAGCCUCCAUACCUCAAUGAAAACCCUCUAAGAGCCUUGUACCUCAUCGCCACCAAUGGAACCCCAGAGCUUCAGAACCCAGAGAAGCUGUCGGCUAUUUUCCGGGACUUUCUGAACCGCUGUCUCGAGAUGGAUGUGGAGAAGAGAGGUUCAGCAAAAGAGCUGCUACAGCAUCAAUUCCUGAAGAUUGCCAAGCCCCUCUCCAGCCUCACUCCACUGAUCGCUGCAGCAAAGGAGGCAACCAAGAACAAUCACUAAAACCAUGCUCACCCCAGCCUCAUUGUGCCAAGCCUUCUGUGAAGUAAAUGCUCAUUUCAGAAAUUCCAGCCCCUGAUGCCCUCCUCUCCUGGCCUUGCUUCUCCCAUUUUCCUGGUCUAGCGCUCUCAAGACUUUAAUCCUGGGAAAUCAUGUGUCCAGCAUUGAAGAGAACUGCGACUGGAUGCCUGAUCAGAUGAUGGCCGUUUCUAAAUAAGGAAUUCCCUCCUAUGUGUAGAUAUGAGGGUGGUUUAUGAUCAAGGGUUUAUCUGAAUAAACCUUUGGAUCACUAUUUCUACAUUAUAAAAUCUCUACCACUAUCCCCACUCCCCCACCCCGCAACCAGUUUUUGAAUAUAUAGUUAUGUUUUGAUAACAUUACCAAUUUAUUAUUAGUUGAGAUUUCUUUAGUGCUUGCCUUUAUGUGACUAGACUGCCCAGUCACCUCAAUGUACUUGAAAACUGGAACAGUUGGGAAUGCCAUGGGGUUUGAUAAUCUGCCAGGGACACGAAGUGGCUCAGCUUCCUGGACCAUGACUUUAGCACAGCUGAUUCUGCUGUGGAAGAACUACCACAUUUUUAUUUGUGUGCUUCUAGCUGCUGUUUGGGAGGACCUUGACCCAGUAAUGUUCCCCAUGCUAUUUCUUGUGAAAUGGUCUUGGCUAUGUAGCAGCUUUUGUUUCCCUGCAUCCCCUAGGCUGCUGCCCCCAUUCUGUCCUUGUUUAUAACUCAGAGGUUUCGUAGGGCACAUGGUGAGUGAGAGCAUUGGGAGAAGUCAGGGAAAAAAAAAAGUAGGUACUUUUAGAGCAAGGCUGGGCAUUAGUACCUGGCCGGCUAUACUUCCGUGAUGUUUUAAGAACACAGCUUCUUUUUCCAUCUGGGAUAAGGAGCUGAAAGAUUAACUCAGAUCUUCUGAUGGCCUAAAUCUUUGGGUCAGAGGAACAGGUCUCCAAAUCUGAGACUACAUGGUAGUUUUGGAUGGAUUUGGUGGCCCCUGAUUUUAAGAUGCAUGGCCAAGCUCUCUGCAAAUGGAAAUGCUUACACUGGUGUUGAGGAUGUUUGCUACCUCCUGCUUUCUUUGUGGAUUUGGUCCUCUCUCUAUAGUAGGACACCUGGCCAGCACUGUGGCUUGUCACGUCAGCCCACUGACUACCUUGUCAUGCUCGGAGGUGUCAUUGCCUCUGCAGCACAAGUUUCUGUUUCCUUCAAUAAAAGGAGAUGAAAAUA